UAAGCACAAAAUUGAAUACCUUUCUUUAAAAAUUUAUAUGACAUACAUUUUAUUACACUUCGCUAACCAUCACCUUACCAGCAUCACACUUGUGAAGCCUGUUAUUCAAUCAGCUAAAUCCGAACCUGUCAAAGUGUCAUUUGACCACCUAUUUUGACCACAGAUUUAGUAAUGCAUGGGCACACAAACUCAGUAUUGAAUGUUUAGAAGCCAAAGUAGGCCUUAGGGUUUGUUGCACAACCUCAGUGACGUUUAUUGCGUUUGGCGCCCUUUGACCCCUCAGUCAGUUUGUGGUCCUUGAGCCCUUCAGUGCACCGGGAUCAGGACAGGAGUGGAAAUCCUGAGUUUUCACAGUCAAGGAGUAUUGACAACUGCAGUAGUCAUGGUGCUCUUCUGCGCGGAUCUGCUGUGCUGCUGUUCUCUGGCCGUUCUGGCGCUCGUCGCCGCGGUCUGGUUCUUCCGAGACUCCCGUCAGAUCAGCGGCAUCCACGAGAAACACGUCCUGGUGACGGGCUGCGAUAGCGGCUUCGGAGAGCUCGCGGCGCGGCAGCUCGACCGGCGGGGUUUUCACGUGAUCGCCGCGUGUCUCACGGAACCUGGUGCCUCCAGACUGCGCGCGGCGGCCUCCCCCAGACUCAAGACGCUUCUGCUCAAUGUUACCGACAGCGCGAGCGUCGAGAGUGCGCUGGAGCGCGUGCGCAGCGAGACCGGGGAGAGAGGUCUGUGGGGUUUGGUGAACAAUGCAGGCAUCUCGGUCCCCAUCGGCCCCAUGGAAUGGAUGCAGCUGGAGGACUUUAAGAAGGUUCUGGACGUAAACCUCAUUGGUCUUAUUGAGGUGACUCUGAAGUUUCUUCCUCUGCUGAAGAAAGCUCGUGGUCGGGUGGUGAACGUGGCCAGUAUACUGGGCAGAGUCUCACUCAUCGGGGGAGGAUAUUGUCUCGCUAAAUAUGGUGUGGAGGCCUUCUCUGAUAGCUUGAGGAGAGAUAUGAUGCACUUUGGAGUGAAAGUAAGCAUCAUUGAACCAGGCUUCUUCAAGACACAAGUGGCAGAUCUAGGCCUCAUUGAAGAUGAUCUGAAGAAACGGUGGAACAACCUCCCAGCAGAGGUCAGGAGAGCCUAUGGAGACUCGUACCUGCAGGACUAUAAAAAAGUGCAGGAAUUAUCCAUGAAGAUUCUGGCCAGCAGUGACCUUUCCAAAGUAACGUCAUGCAUGCAACACGCUCUUUCUGCGCGUUAUCCCCGAACACGCUACAGCGCAGGCUGGGACGCCAAGUUCCUGUGGAUUCCCCUCUCGUACCUGCCGACAUGUAUAACAGACAUCUUCACCAACAUUAUAAUGCCUUCCACGAAGGGGAGCGGAACAUCUCUAUAAAGAAUCACUGAAAACAACACUGCAGCUCAACGUAUCAAGAGAAGCAUCUUCUUUCUGAAUUUGUCUUUGAAACUGUGAUUGCUGUAUGCAACAAUUAUCACACAGCCCUUGAAAAUAUUUUUGCAAAAAAGGCCUUAUAUUACCUAAUUUGAUGAUUCUGAGUUCAAAAAUCGGCAUGCGAGUUCAUCACGUACAGCAGUUCAAUGUCAAGUGUUUCAUAUCAUUUAACUUACAAUCUGCAAAGUAGCAGAAAAAAAAGGAGGAAUCAGAAUUUGGCAUAAAAUAAUGUCUUCAGGAUCAUGUGAAAAUGGGCUGCGAAUUGAACAAAUGAUUGCAACCUGACUCAUUGUAUGACGGGAAAAUGUCUUUGUGGUAAGUUUCUGCUGAUUAGGGGGAGAAUACAAGAUUUCUUCACCUUACAAAUGGAUGUUAAAAGCAAAAAAAUGCUAUGAAAUGCAUCAUAUUUUGUGAAAAAGUGACGUAUAGAGCGAAAAAGGCACUAUUUUUUUGCAAUCAGCACCUCAAAUUUAACAAAAAAAGUAUUGGAUUUCAAUCAGCAAUUGUGAUGCAGGGCCAUGCAUUAAUUCAAUCAAAUAAAAAUAUAUUUUAUAUAUUGUUGCAUUUUCCAUAAAUAAAGUACCCUUUGGUGUCCCACAACAUAAUGAUUCAUUUAUGCUU